AUGGCGCCCAAAUUCAAUAUACCGAACUUACCUCUACCAACGCCCUAUAGUCGCGAUACCAGUCCAGAACUAGGCAGUCCCUCCAAGAUAACGCAAUACAACCAAAAGACAGGCCGUCCUGUUCGUAAGAGCGCGGGGAAGAUCCAGAAGGUGCCGGGCUACGUCGAUUUCGAGGACAGCGAGUUUGGCACCUCAGCCGACAGCGAGUUGAGCGAGCUGGACGAAGAGGACGACAUGGAACCACGCAGUCGUUCAGGCAACAAGAAGAAGGGCGCAUCAAAACGUAAACGCAGUCCUUCGCCCCCAUCACCUCUCUUAGAGCCCGUCAUCCUCGAACAGGAGCUUGAUGACCUUACCGACAACGAGGACGGCGGCGCCUUUCAUCGAAAUGCUCCAAAGAAGCCGCCGGUGACCUUACAGUUCAACGUUCCGCUAGGCUUCCACGGCCCACUCUUCGUCAAGCUUGAUAGCACCGUCCUACAGAUCGACCAGCAAGGCAAACUGCAUGAGAUGCAGCCAGGCAAAUCGAAGAAGCACUGUACUGUGAGCCCAAAGCCAACAGGAACAAUUGCGGUACGUCCUAGAGGCUUUACGGAUCUACCAGGCGAGCUGCGUAACACCAUAUAUCGGUACCUUUUCUCCCGCAAGGACAAAGAUUCAAGGCUUAGAAUUCCCUUGAAGAGCAAUGAUCCCAAAGACAGCCUGGUCAAGUCCGCUCAGUUCCUUAGAAGCUGUAGGCUAGUGCACAACGAAGCCUGUUCCAUCCUGUACGGCGAGAACACAUUCUCUUUCCAUCGUCAUUACGAUACCCGUGGACCGUACUGGGAGCCAGUACCCAAAGAGAUCGGUUAUCAGGACGUUCUGCACUUCCUGAAGAAAAUUGGACCCGAGAACGUCCAGUACUUGCGCGAUGUCAACUUCGUCUUCGACGACGCACGUCCCAAAGAUACACCCUAUGUCACCUCCAACGAGCAGCGUCGCUACCUGAAUGAUGACUACCUGAUGAACUGUCUACGAAUUCUCCGUGACGCCAAACUUCGCAGGAUCACAAUGUACUUCGGUGGGCGUCGACAACUGGGCCGCACCGAUGUCAGGUUCUUAGGCUACCUGGAGCAGGUGAAGGCAGACGAAGUGUCGCGGAACACAGAGAAAUAUUACCAUGGCGCCCACAGAUACAUGAGCCAGGUCGCCUGGAAUCAUUUGAAGGAGAUGAUGACGCGCAAGAAGAAGCUUUACGAGAAAGAAUAG